GCUGGCGGUAACGGCAGGGGGGGAGCGGGACGGGCUCUGCGGGCAGCGGGAGAACAGCAGCAAGAGCAGCAACACCCUCACCCCCUCAACCAGCGGCACAAGUGUCCGUGCGGCGGCGGUGAGUCCCGGGCUGGCCUCGCUGCUGGGUCCCCUUCGGUCUACUUGUUUAUUCUGAGCCUUUGCAAAAUCGUUGUGGCAUUUGGAAAAGACCCUUAGAUCCUGCAUUUUCUUAUACUGCUGGGAUACUGAGGGAUUGUGAUUUACAGUAGAGUCACAAUGAGGCGAAGCUCAAGUAUUGCUGGAAGCAGCAGUCGACAAUCUAUGAUGGCAUUGAGAGUGCAGGAUAACAAGAAGAUGGGUCUUCAGACACCUCAGAUGAAGGACAGAAGCACCUUUGGGAAGCUGAGCAUGAGCAGACCUACAUCUGGAACUUCAGAAAGAAAAGUCAGCUGUUUUGGGAACAGAAUGAGUGGGGCUGGAGGGUCACGCAGCAGCCAGUAUGGUGUGUUCAUGCUCGGGACAGAAAAGAUAAAGGAUCCCAGGCCCCUUCAUGACAAGGGAUUCAUCCAACAAUGUAUCAAGAAGCUUUGUGAGUUCCUCGUUGAGAAUGGUUAUGCCCACAAUGUUUCCAUGAAAUCACUGCAGUCUCCAUCAAUUAAGGACUUUUUAAAGAUCUUCACCUUUAUCUAUAAAUUCCUCUGCCCUUCUUAUGAAUUGCCUGACUCAAAAUUUGAAGAGGAAAUUCCCAAAGUUUUUAAAAACCUAGGGUACCCCUUUCCUCUGCCAAAAAGUUCCAUGUACACCGUGGGUGCACCCCACACCUGGCCUCAGAUUGUGGCAGCUUUGGUUUGGCUAAUUGAUUGUGUCAAGCUGUACAGUGCCAUCAGGGAAAAUGCACCAUUGUUCGAUGACAGGCAGAGCUGGGAAGUAGAGACGGAUGAUGGAAUUGUACAUUAUAAGCUUUUCAUGGACUACUGUAUGAAGUGCUAUGAUCUUUUCAUGAGAGGGAGAGAUACCUUUGAGGAGGUGGAUGCUGAAGUACAGUCAAAAUUAAAGGAUUUAUUUAAUAUAGAUCCAUUUCAGAUGGAAAGUUUAGAAGUUGAAAACAAAAGACUUCAAGAAGAGAUUGCAAGACUAGAAAAAGAAAAGGAAAGUGAGCCGGAUCGUAGAGUAACGCUACGAAACGUGAAAUCAUCUCUUCAAGCAGACGUCCAGAAAUACCAGGCUUAUUUAGCCAGUCUGGAAUCUCAUAUAGCCAUCCUUGAUCAAAAACUGGGAAGUCUGACUGAUGAAGUUGAGACAGCAGAAACGGAAGUAGAAGCAAUGAAGCAGGAGAAUGCCCGGCUCCGGCACAUCUUAGAUAACCAAAAGUACUCAGCUGUGGAUGUUGAGAGAAUAAAACACGAGAGAAAUGAACUGCAGCAAACCAUUAACAAGCUGACUAAGCAAUUAGAAGCAGAAGAACACCAGCUGUGGAAUGAAGAGCUAAAAUACGCUAGGAAUAAAGAGGCGAUUGAAACACAACUGGCAGAGUAUCAUAAACUGGCUCGAAAGCUGAAAUUAAUUCCAGUAAGUGCUGAGAAUUCCAAAGGCCACGACUUUGAGAUUUGGUUUAAUCCUGAGGCAGGAGCAAAUUGCCUAAUCAAAUACAGAGCUCAGAUCAAGGCUCCCCUCAUGGAGAUCAUCAACGAGACUGAGGAAGAAAUUAGUAAAGCUACUCAACGGAAAAUGUCUUUGGAAGAUACUUUGGAACAGGUGAAUGUAAUGCUAAAGGACAGGAAACGCAGUGUGAAAAUGCUGACAGAAGAAGCUGAAGAGCUGGAUGAUCUUUACCAGCAGAAGCUUAAGGAGAUAGAAGAGGAAGAGCAAAAAUGUGCAGAUGAACGGGAAUCAUUGAAGAAGCAUAAACAGUUACUUGAGAGUGGGGUCGGUGAAGGUCUCAGUGAAGCCACAAAUGAAUUGCAUGAUGUCCAACGACAAUAUCAAGUUGUUUUGCAAACAACAACAGAAAAGAAGAGAAAACUUGGAGAAAAAUUGAAUCGUCUUACAGAAACAGUUGCUACUCAUCUAGCAUCUGUAGUGAAAUACCUUGAUGAACAGAAUGCAAAAAUUUACAGAGACUAUGAAGAAUUCAUGUCUAAAGAUCUAUUGUCAGACUUGACCAGCAUCCUAGACAGUUACAAAAAGAAGGCUGAAAGUCUCUAAUCACUAGAAAGGUGAAGAUAAAAAUGUUGCAUUUUCUGAAGCGCUGGUAUGGUGCUUUCCAAAAGGAUGGGUACUACCUGUGUUUAGCACUGGAACUGGUUUUAAGUGAAAGGAAGUUAUUAUGGAUGUUUUUUUGUUUUGUUGAUGCAAAUACGUUAAAGAAUUAAGCAAUAUAUUUGUAUUUUCUUAAAAAAUGCUUUGCUCAGACUGUACUUUCAAUAGCAUAUGUAUGCAUUUAGGGCAUACACGACAGGCAGUUCACAUCCUUCCCCAAGCCUUAUUUUACUAGCAAGAAAUGUAAAUGUCUGUCUCCUGUUUGUUCAGUUAUCUAUGGAACUGCACCAAGACACCUCUUACGUGAGUAAAAAAUCAAAACCUCUUUUGAAAAGAUGAUUAGUAGUCUUGUAUAGUAGUCUUGUAAAUAGAAUAAUAGAAAUAGUAGAAUAGAAGAAGAAACACAGUAGUUUGAAAAUAAGUUUUGUCUUUAGCUGUUCAUACUCCCACAUGAAACUUCACUGAAAUUCUUGAAUAUGUGUACCAGAGAAGGACAUAUGUGUACUCCAAGUAGGACAUCAUAUGAAUUCUGGCUGUAUAUCUAAUCAGUUGUAGGUUUGGUUCACGUUAGAUACAUCAAAAUGGUCUAAAAUGUCUGUAUUCUUCUUGUUAAGUCAGUUGGACAGACUCUAUUUGACUUCUUCCUCAGAAAAGUAACAGUAUGUCCUGGUUUAGGACAAAGUUGGAGGAAACCUCUGAAUAGGGGUCCCUCUAGGAAACAGAUUCAAGUAGUCCCUUCCCCAACUGGUUUGGGGAAAAAUAUUUCCUCAGAGACAAGAGGAAAAAAACCAACCUUUUUAUUUAACAGGCAAAGAACUUCCCAGCACAAAAGAGUGAACAAUACCAAACAGCUAAACCCCUUGCCGCUCCAAAGGAGUUGACAAACUCAGAGGAGUCCCUUCCAUGGGUUGCAGCCUGGCUCACUCAGGCUGUUCUCAGUCCCUCUGCCACUGGGAAAUGCUGCAGCCCACACCCGGCCUGGUGGGCCACAGGUGUGAGCUCCUGGUGCUCCCCCCAGGUUUUCACUCCAGAGCAGGUUCAAACAAUUCCAAAAAAAAGGAAGAAAAAAAACCAACACAGUCCAGGGGCCUUCUUUGUCUCAGCUAGCCAGAAAAACUAACCAAAAGCAAAAGAGAGCUCUCUGCUGCUGUCCACUGCAGACAACACAGUCUGUGUGAAGAAAAAAAUGCAGUCUCUGAUAACAAACUCUGCACCUCUUCUCUCCCCACUUCACUCCUGGACUGCAGAACUCAAUAUUCAACACCAACAGAACAGAUGAUUUGGGGAUACGAGCAUCAUAAAGUCACCCCAAGACACAGUAAAAUUAGUGUAUGCACAGCUCUGGUCCAAAUACUUUGAAGAAAGCAGAUUGAUGCUAUGUGGAAGUAAUACCUUUCCAUCUAUUCUAUGUAUAAUUUUGUGUUAAAAAAUAAAUAAAUGA